ACCAGGAAGUGUUCGGAUAUAUAGGCAACACAGUACAAGUAUUAGGAGAAAAGAGAGAUAUAAACCCUUUGUGUGCCACCUCGGGACUCAUGGAAAGAAAAAAUUUUGCAACCCAGAGACACUUCAGCAAUUGCAGCAGCACAAGGAACAAGGGACUGGACGCAGAAAAGUUUGUUACAGUCAUGGAAAACAAGGAGCUAAAACCUGAAUUUACAGUAAUGCUUCAUCAACCACAUACUUCAUCUUUGUCUGCAUUUUCCCAUGUACCAGUGGAUAGAAAAAUACCUAAACAUUUGAGUUAUUUCUAUCAGAAAAAUAAGGAAGAACAUAUUUCUGCAUACGACUCCAUAUUCAAGAGGCCACAUAGUUAUAAUGAAAAACUUCACAGAGAUGACAGAAAGUAUGCGAAACACAACAGUCUGGAUCUUUAUACUGAGGAAGCUGCUCGUCCUGUGCCAGUUCUAAGCUCUUCAGAAUAUGGGAGAUACCUUCAGCGCAAUGUGGACAAUGUCAACAGAGAACAUGUUAGAAUUGGGCUUGUACGUAUGGACUUUUACCGCAAGAAUGGGAUCAGUAAAUCACUGGAGGAAGGCUAUGGCCACGUGGCUCCAUCAUGAGGGUACUUGGAGGUGCCUACUUCAAUACUUAAAAAUAAAGAUUACUUGAUCCUAAAUACAUGUUUUAAAAAUGAAUGUGUACAUAUUGCUUUGAAACCCAAGACCUUUUUAAAUUGAUUCAUUUUCCCAUUUUAAUAUAGUACUGUCAGAUCACUCAACUUGUUAACACUACAAAUAUUGUUUUUCUGAUUUAAAUGGGUACUAUAGGAAGCUGAACUUAUCAGACACUUUUCACCUGCCCACAGGAUUUGCAAAAAGUGUAUUAUUAGGGGAAGGGUGUGGGGGUUGGGUUGCAAGUGACCGCCCAUUCAGUCAAUCACCGGCAGAGGCGGGACAUCGCUGUAGCCGUUGAUUAGCUUAGAGGCCUGUAACUUACCUAGGUCCAGGACAUUGAGAGCCUAAGAGGGUUGAGAAUGGGCCUCAUACAGGAGAUUGCAGGGGGCCCCAGUGGUUGAAACUCCUGCGAUCAAACACUUAUCCCCUAUCCUGUAGAUAGUGGAUAAGUGUCUGAUAAGUUCAGUUCCUAGAGUACCGCUUUAAUAACUAAAUAAAUAUUCUAUUGCUAUAUAGUAAUGUGGGAAACAUAAUACUCACAUAUAGCAUGUUAAUUUAGCAAAUAUUUAGACAAAUUAAAUGUUGUGGUUUUUAUGAAUUUUGGGUUUGUGAGAGAGAAGCAGCAAAUGUCUAUCGAAAGUCUAUAAAAAGUUGUCCUUUUGUUUUGCUGCUUUCCCCAGUUUUGUGGUGGUACAUUGCAACAUGCUUUUUCCAGUCGCCACUGCACUAGUUUAGUUGGUGGUGGAAUGGAUGAGGGGUUUGUCUAUAUUGUGCACAGCCAUUCAGCCAGCCAAGAAAAAAAAAAAACUGAAAAUGUAGCCAGCACCUAAACCCAAUACACGGGUGCACGCUGCUGUGGCAAGUACAAAACAUGUAAAAAAAGAAAAUGGCAGCAGCACACUUGGUCAACAAAAUGGAGGCUCUUAGCGCACUUUUUGAUCAAAACGUGUCCCCCAUCCACCACGCGGAGGUGGCCUCUUAUCGGAUGGGUCCCUAAACACUCACCUACCUCAGGCUGGGUGACAUGUUGGAUCCACUAACGAUCCAAACCACCUCCUGUGAAAAUAGGGGAGGGGAUGCACGGCUACAGAGGGAGCCACUCCCCCCAAAUUUGCACAGCAAAGAAAAAAAAAAACUGAAAAUGUAGCCAGCACCUAAACCCAAUACACGGGUGCACGCUGCUGUGGCAAGUACAAAACAUGUAAAAAAAGAAAAUGGCAGCAGCACACUUGGUCAACAAAAUGGAGGCUCUUAGCGCACUUUUUGAUCAAAACGUGUCCCCCAUCCACCACGCGGAGGUGGCCUCUUAUCGGAUGGGUCCCUAAACACUCACCUACCUCAGGCUGGGUGACAUGUUGGAUCCACUAACGAUCCAAACCACCUCCUGUAAAAAUAGGGGAGGGGAUGCACUGCUACAGAGGGAGCCACUCCCCCCAAAUUUGCACAGCAAAGAAAAAAAAAAAACUGAAAAUGUAGCCAGCACCUAAACCCAAUACACGGGUGCACGCUGCUGUGGCAAGUACAAAACAUGUAAAAAAAGAAAAUGGCAGCAGCACACUUGGUCAACAAAAUGGAGGCUCUUAGCGCACUUUUUGAUCAAAACGUGUCCCCCAUCCACCACGCGGAGGUGGCCUCUUAUCGGAUGGGUCCUUAAACACUCACCUACCUCAGGCUGGGUGACAUGUUGGAUCCACUAACGAUCCAAACCACCUCCUGUGAAAAUAGGGGAGGGGAUGCACGGCUACAGAGGGAGCCACUCCCCCCAAAUUUGCACAGCAAAGAAAAAAAAAAAACUGAAAAUGUAGCCAGCACCUAAACCCAAUACACGGGUGCACGCUGCUGUGGCAAGUACAAAACAUGUAAAAAAAGAAAAUGGCAGCAGCACACUUGGUCAACAAAAUGGAGGCUCUUAGCGCACUUUUUGAUCAAAACGUGUCCCCCAUCCACCACGCGGAGGUGGCCUCUUAUCGGAUGGGUCCCUAAACACUCACCUACCUCAGGCUGGGUGACAUGUUGGAUCCACUAACGAUCCAAACCACCUCCUGUGAAAAUAGGGGAGGGGAUGCACGGCUACAGAGGGAGCCACUCCCCCCAAAUUUGCACAGCAAAGAAAAAAAAAAAAACUGAAAAUGUAGCCAGCACCUAAACCCAAUACACGGGUGCACGCUGCUGUGGCAAGUACAAAACAUGUAAAAAAAGAAAAUGGCAGCAGCACACUUGGUCAACAAAAUGGAGGCUCUUAGCGCACUUUUUGAUCAAAACGUGUCCCCCAUCCACCACGCGGAGGUGGCCUCUUAUUGGAUGGGUCCCUAAACACUCACCUACCUCAGGCUGGGUGACAUGUUGGAUCCACUAACGAUCCAAACCACCUCCUGUGAAAAUAGGGGAGGGGAUGCACGGCUACAGAGGGAGCCACUCCCCCCAAAUUUGCACAGCAAAGAAAAAAAAAAAACUGAAAAUGUAGCCAGCACCUAAACCCAAUACACGGGUGCACGCUGCUGUGGCAAGUACAAAACAUGUAAAAAAAGAAAAUGGCAGCAGCACACUUGGUCAACAAAAUGGAGGCUCUUAGCGCACUUUUUGAUCAAAACGUGUCCCCCAUCCACCACGCGGAGGUGGCCUCUUAUCGGAUGGGUCCCUAAACACUCACCUACCUCAGGCUGGGUGACAUGUUGGAUCAGCCAGCCGCAGGACUUUGCCAAAAAAACAAUCGGCAGGUCCAGGAAUCUAAGGCUCAUUAAGCAGAACAUUCAGGGUCUAGAUUAGUGCAGCCAAUCUCUGAACUUGACACUUCAUUUUAAUUAACUAUUUCCCAUGAUUGUUAUUUUUGUAUUCUAGCUACUUACUUGGAUUAACUCUUGCUGCCCUGUAUUGGAUAUGAACUUGGACUUCCUAAUGUUCCUUAUGCCUGCUAUUCUGUUAUUUGUGGACUCUCCUGAUUAUUUGACUUGGUCUUGCUUCUGUGUACAUAUGUCAAUUUAAGCUUGGACAUAUAUUCUGUCUACCUGGAAUGGACUCUUGACUCAUUUGUGUCUCUCUGGAUUAUCAAAAUCGCCAGACAGUGGCUACUCCACAGAUGCUACCAAGAACUACUUAGCAGCGAAGUCCAUAUCUCUGUAUAUGAGUUAAACAGAGAAAACAUAUUAACUCUUAGUCCCUACUAACCAGAGAGACCAGAGCAAAAAUGACAGUGGAAGUGUAAAUGUGUGAGAGUAGUCACAAUUAAAUUUGGAUCUGCAUUGUAAGAUCUACUAACCAUUUAGCCACCUUAAUAGUGUCUAUAAGUUACUAAUGGCUGUCUAUAUGAAGUAUAUGUGAAUGAUCACGAAUAACUAAUAUACCAAUGGGAUAACCUGUGUUCAUUUGGAUUUGUAUGGACUGAUAGGCUAUGUUUGGAUGGACACUGCCAUAGGAAUAAACAGUCUAAUGUUUGGAUAGGGUGGUGCUGAAAGCUACAUACUGAAGUGCUAUAUAACAGUCUGAAGGGACUAUAUAUGGAACAUACAUUUUCUACUAAUCAGCAGAAAAGCUACCAGCAUAUGUUGGAAGUUUAUUCAAAGUGUGAAAUGUAUAAAUUGUAGAUAUGCUGGUAGCUGAAUAGGCUAGUGCUUAUUUUUGUAAAAGUUGUUUAGAGAAACCGUUUUUUAGAAGAUUAAAUAAAAUUGAUACGUUUUAAUGUCACAGUAUAAUGUCAGAAAAAACACCAAAAUGAUCAAUUUGAAAUAAAUAGCAUGUGCUUCGGAAAAGCAGAUGUAAUCUCUGUUUGAGGCAUUAAAAGUAUGCCAAGCCUUUACUUAUUCAUGGGAGAAAAGGAGCCUAAUAAAGUAAUGUCCCAGUUUAAUUUGAAAGAAUAUUUGCAGGUCCUCAGUGGAGGAUCUAAAGCUUCAACUGAACCUUCAAAAUACGUUCCAGGAAAGAAACAGGUGUAGAAAGAAUGCCAAACACUAAGACAUUUAUCAGCCAAUCAGAUUGCUUCUUUUAUUUUUGAAAAGGACACAAAAAAAUGAAAGAAGUGAUCUGAUCUGACCAGAUCUUAAAAGGUAUCUGACACUUUCGGUCACCUGGCUUGAAAUUCCUAAGUCUAGCAGAACAAUUGUACACUUUCAGUCUCUUGGGUUCUCUGCAGGUGUUCCUUCACUAUUGGCAUCAUCUUAAAAAUUAUUUCCUGCAUUUGUGCAACAUGAUCAAUUACACUUUUAUAUGGGGUAGCUUCAGUCUCCCAAGUCUUCGUAGCACCAUCAAGCAAGCCCCGAGGGUGUCUACCAUACAACAAUUAAAAUGGUGAGAACCCUGUAGAGGCCUAAGGAACUUCCCUGAUCGAGAACAACAUUUGUGGGAACAUACUGUCCCAAUCUUUACCAUCUUUGUCAACAUCUUUUUUCAACAUGAAUUUCAAGAUCUUACUAAACCUCUCUACCAGCCCGUCAGUUUGUGGAUGGUAUACAGAAGUUCUCAAUUUUUAUUACAUAGUUCUUUCAUCACCUUGGACAUAAAUUAGGUACCUUGGUCUGUUAAGAUAUGUUUGGGAAGAACAUAUGAAACAACUCACAGUAUUUCUCAAAGGAAUCGCCUCUGGUUGUCAGGUAGCACAAUUUAGAAUUACCAAAAUAUAUCAAAGGGGGAUCUUAAUCAAAACCUGUCCAUAGGAAAGUUGCAGAGUUGCUCAUAGCAACCAAUCAGAACAAUUUUUCAGAGACCUUUUCAAAAUUGAAAGAAGCAAUCUGAUUGGUUGCUAUGGGCAACUCAGCAACUUUUCCUCUGGACAGGUUUUGAUAAAUCGCCCCUAUAUCUCUGGCAAUCCUGUCAAAUGGCACCUCAAUGACAGGGAGGGGAACCAAAGUGCUCAUGAAAUGAAACAGACACUGAAACCUUUAACUGACUGGGAGUACACAUUUUACAUUAGUUUUCAUUUUCUUUAAACCUGGGCAAUAGAACAUCUGAAAAAUUAUGCUCCAUGGUCUUCUCUGUAACAUCUGUCUUAUCUGCAGUGUCUCGACCAUGGUACAAAGUUGUGACCAAAAUGCCCCCUCCAUGCAUCUCUAUUGGAGAGCCAGAGAUACCCGAACGCUGUAUCUCCUGCCCCUCCCAUAGAAAUGCAUGGAGGGGGCGUGUUGGUCACAGCUUCGUGCCAUGGUUUACACACUGCAUUCAUGCAGAGAGCUUGGGCACACAAAACCACUGGGAAAGAGCUUAUCACUUAUCUACUGAAAUACAGAAAAUUUGUGCCAAAGAGGACCAUCAUUCAUUGCCUCUGGUGUGUAUUAUGGGUGAUGGUCACCUAGAUAUUUUAUACUCUUACACUCUGCCUCUUGUUUGGUAUUAAGAUUAGUAUGCUGUACAAAAAUUCAUGUGAAAAGUACAUUUGUUAACACACGUGGAUCAACCAAAAUGUUAAGGAGUAGAAAGAGAAAUAUUUAAGUACUGAAAUCAGGAUUGGACUGGGGUGCCUAGGGCCCUCCUACAGAACUGACUCUGCGGACCCACUGUAAAGGUACCCACCCUUUUAUAGACCUUCAGCAUGCAGCAAAAACAUCACAAAGUUACCAUGAUUUGCACAAAAAAUUGCACUUUUGACACAAUUUUGUGAAAAUCGCUGAGACAUUUUUCUGAACUAUUCAGGGGUCCACCGCGGGCUCCACCUGUUUCCC